CCCCAAGGGCAUCGAGCCCAUCCAGCCCAUCCAGCCCAUUCCAGCCCAUUCAACCCCGCCAGCAGCGAGGGCCGAGCAUUCCAAAGUCGCCAGCUACCGCCCAUGACUGAAGAAAAGAGGAGAGGAAAGCGAGGUGGAAAGGCCGCCAAGCUGAAGAAGCAGGCCGCACUCGAGGCCAAGAUCCCAGCAACCCCCGCAAAGCCGAGCCCUGCUCCCCAGCAACAGGCAUCGCAGCCGACACAUGCAGCCAGCGCCGGGGCUGAGGCUGUCGCAAAGAAGAGGAGAGGCAAGCGCGGUGGAAAGCAAGCCAAGGAGAAGGAGAAGCAGAUCCAGAUGCCUCGCCAUGAGGCACCCAGAAGCACCGAUCCCGGGCGCUUCCGAGAACGCACCAGCGACAGAGGCAACUACUCGACUGGCCAUGCGGGCUCCUAUGCCGAGCAGCCUGGGGAGCAAGAAGUGUACCACGAAGAAUAUAAGGAGCAAGCAUACGAGGAGCAGCCGGCUUACCGGCAUGGAGGGAAGGGCGGCUCCUCCGAUGCUAAGCCCUUCAUGAAAGCGCCUUCCUUCAACCACGAGCAGAGUCAGGACUAUCGCCAGGAGAUUAGCCACGACACUGCCGAGCACGGCCGCCCCGAGGGUGAUAAAAAGAAUCGCGGAAGUCGCUUCACGCCAGAAUACGCAAUCUUUGGUGGCCUGCCCGUCGAAGUGGCCGAGUAUUUCAACCACGUUGAAAAGAUGCUCCAGUCCGAAGAAAUGGAGGACAGCGAGGAAGACCGAGCGUUGAUGAUCCAAAAUAUUUACAAGGAAGUCGAGGGCAAGGAGCUGAUGCUGGCGACGGAUCCAGAUACAUCUCGAAUUCUGGAGAAGCUGUUGCGGGCCUCGAACGAUUUCCAGAUUCGACUCUUUGCCGACCGGCUCAACGGACAAUUUACACUGCUACUUCGGCAUCGGUUUGCCUCCCAUGUUGUCCAAACUUUGAUGUACCUUGGCUCUGACAUUGUCGAACGCGAGGCCACCGGCAAGUCGACUGUUCAGCCAGUUGGAGACGCAGACGUAGGAGAGCUCCCUACGAUGAAGGAGUUCUUUAUCGGUCUGUGUGAGCAACUACAAGGCGACUGGGUGGCUUUGAUGACGGAUCCUUUUGGAUCCCACCUGAUCCGAGCGCUGCUGAAUCUCCUGUCGGGCGAGGCACUGGUGGACAACGAGGCAGAGCUACGCAGUAACAAGUCCAAGAAAUACAAUCAGCGACACAAUAAUGCUUGGAGCGAGCGACCCCAACACCAAGCUCGCCAACGAGUCGUUCCACGAGAAUUUUACGACAAGCUCAAGGAUAUUAGUGAGCAUGUGGCCGACAGCUUGCCCGAGAAGGAGCUGCAGGAGCUUGCUGUCCAUCCAGUCGCCAACCCGGUUCUCCAGCUGCUCAUCUCCGUUGACGGUGUCUCGGAGAAGCUCAUCGGCAGACUGCUCGGCUACGGAGACUCUACUCCGCGUGGGGACAAGGUGCAGUUUGUCGAGGACCUCAUUCGGCACCAAAUCGGAUCGCAUCUGAUGGAAAAAAUUUUGAAGGUUGCCAGCGUGGAGGUCUACCAGCAUCUCUACUCGACAUAUUUCCGAGGAUCAGUUGAGGAGCUAUCCAAAGAUCCGCUGGCAAACUUUGUCGUUCAGCAGCUGAUAUCCAGCGUCAAGAAUACAGCCCAACUUGAGAGUUUAUUGGACGAGCUGCUAGGCAGCUUUGACCGGCUGAUAUUUGGCAACCGAAGCGGCGUGGUCGUUAAGCUGUUGGAGAGCUGUGUGAGUCAGAACAGCGGAUACAAGGAAAUCAUCAAGGCGAUAACCUCCGCAUUCGACUGCAAAACUACAGACCAGCGGAAGCAGUUUGUGCCCCUCUUGCUUCAUAUGCUCCGAUAUCCGGCCUUUGCCGAUCCGAGUACCCCGCGCAAGUAUCAGAUCCAAGGUGCCCUAUUCCUCCAAAAGCUGCUGGAGUUCCCCGAGGAACACAACAAGAUUGUGAUUGAUAGUUUGCUGGCCGUGCCGACCGACGAGAUUUUCAAGUGGAUGUUCGAUCCGAUAGCCAGUCGCGUGCUCGACAUGGUCUUUGCUGGCGCAAUGGUGUCGAUCAAAGUCAAGCGCAAGCUCAUUUUUGCGCUCGAGGGCAAGUACGGAGAGAUCGCCAAGGACAAGUACGGCAGCCGGAUCAUCGACAAGAUCUGGCUUGUUUCGGACAUCAACCUCAAGAAAAAAAUUGCCGAGGAGCUGCUGUUUCACGAAAAGACCCUUGCCGACAACUUCCAUGGCAAGUUUGUCCUCCGGAACUGCAAAAUCGACCGGUACAAAAAGGACCAAGAGGAGUGGGCUGAGCGGCAGGAGGGGGUCGAGCGCAAGAAGGAUCUGAUGAAGGACUUUUUCGAGGACAAAGCCUUCCAGAAGAAAGCCCCCGGUGCGAGCAACGUGGCCCAGGUUCAGGUUGCCGAGCAGGAGGCUGGACGAUACAAGGGCACAAUGGAGCUGCUGGGAUACUCGGCCUCUGAGCCUGCAGCUGCAGCUAAGCCAAAGAAAGAGAAGGGGAAACGCAAGACAGAUAACAACACCGGCAUUGACGGCAGCUCCAGAACGUGACCCAUGAAAUUGAUCAAAUCUUUAGGAAGAAGGGCAAAGCAGCCAGCGGUUCUGCGCGCAUGGAGAUCGACGAUGCCCCGGACAGC